GAUUGCAAGCCUACUAGUACUACUUUAUAUGCGGCGUGCAAGGCUCCAAGCUCCCAACCAAAUUAGUAAGCUUCCUAUAGUAGUAGGAGUGUUCCUGAGAAAUCUCAAGCUUGUGUGUGUGUGAUCUGACAUCUGAGGCAGCAGCAGCAGCAAGCUUAGUGCAGGAGGAGAUCGAUGGGUUACCUCGGCGUUGAUAACCAGACAGCAAUCCGCCUGUGCCCGCCCGCCAUUGACAACUACAUCCAGAACCUGACGUCGUCCUACACCGAGAAGAGCAACGAGGCCAGCAUGGUGUCCGCCUCCGUCAUCAUGUUCGUCCUCGCCGGCCUCUUCUUCAACCUCAACCUCUUCAGCGGCAUCUCCGACGUCAGCGCCACCCUCGACCCCAAGGUCCGCCUCUUCCUCUCCUCGGCGCUCUCGCUCCUGCUCCCCGUCAUGUCCUACCUCUUCUCCGAGGCCAAGAACGCCGCCGCCGGCUCCCCGGGCGCUCGAGCCGCCGCCGCCGGCGAGCUCUCGCUGGGCGCCCUGACGAUCCUGGCGUGGAUGCUCCUCGUGGAGCUCCUCCGCAAGAAGGUGGACGAGAUCCGCAUGCGCGGCUACUCGGGCUCCAUCCAGCGCGCCGGCCGCGUCGCGCUGCUGGGGAGCUUCGUCUUCUUCAACAUCAAGACCGCCGGCCGGAAGGCGGCCUUCAGCAUCCUCUGGAUCAUCUGCGCCACCAGGGUGGUGCAGAGGAUCGCCUUCACCGAGAUCGGCAAGUGCUCGUACGCCCAUGGCAAGAACGCCCGCCUCAUCAACUCCUACAUGGCCAAGAUCCUCAAGCAAGAGCAGCUGCAGCAUCAUGCUGCCGUCCAUAGCGCUCACGAUCAUGUCGAGCACCAUGAUGGGCACGAGCUGUUGAAGAGCUGCAGGUACAUUGUGAUGGGAGAAGAGAAGAUGGUGCAGGAACCCACUGCAGACGGCUACAAGCUGGACAUGACCACACUCGAUGCUGACAGAGGCAUCGUUACUGUUGGCAAAGUUUGGAAGCUCGAUGAGAACAGCAGCGUGCUGUUCACCACCCCUGACCAAGUCCAGCGCCUCAAGAGACUCUGCCUCUCGUUCGCUCUCUUCAAGCUGCUGCGCCGGAAGUUCGAGCACCUACCGGCGGUGACCGACGAGGAGGCGCAGGACUGCCGGGACCUCAUCCUGAAAGGCCUGCUGCGCGGCAGCAAUGGUGCCGGGAGUGGGAUUGCCGGCGCCGCCGCAGAGGAACUGUUCCAGGUGAUCAACGACGAGGUCGUCUUCCUCAGCGAGUACUACCACUCCGUCGUCCCCGUCGUCCUCGCAAGCCCCUUCUUCCUCCUGGUGAACUACUUCCUUGUCCUCAUAGUGGUAGCCGGCUUGUGCAUCAUGGCCAUCAUUCUCUGCGGCAACGGAGACGCCAUCUAUGCAUUCAUGAGCAUCGGCGCGGACAACUACACUCUGCACUCCGGCAUCGGCAAUGUAGCUCUAUGCCUCAUCAUCAAAUCCAGAAACUCGCCGGAAGCCUUCUUUUCCGUAGUGGACAUCUCCAUCACAAUCCUCCUGUUCAUCAUCUACUUCUACGAGGAGAUCUGGGAGUUCUUCGUCUUCAUCCUCUCCAACUGGUUCAUGGUCUCGCUGGUCUGCAGCUACAUGGCCAAACCCCAGUGGCGUGACAGCCCCUCCAUUCGCUACGCCAUGCACCGGAUCGUCUGGCUACGGAGCAAGCUGAACCAUGGCAGCCUCAGCUUCCGGCAGUUCUCCGUUCUGAACAUCCGGUGGCCACUCGGAUUGCCAUUCUACUCCACGCUCUCCUUGCUGUUGGGGAAAGAAUUGGUGCCGAACAAUCUGAAGCAAUCCAUCAUACAAUACCUUGUGGAUCACCAUGACCAUCAUCGCACCGGCACCGCCUACUCCACUCCUCUUACAAAUGGCAAGUCCGCCCUGCAGAGCAACUACCUCUUCGACAAGCUCUCAUGGGCGUGCCAGAGCGACAGCGUUUCAGAGGUGUUCCUCACAUGGCACAUCGCCACCAGCAUCUUGGAAGUGAGGUGUAGCAACACGCAGCAGGAAGCAGCGGCGAGCAGAGCAUCAGCGAUCAGGCUGUCCAAGUACUGUGCCUACUUGGUGGUCUUCCACCCGGAGCUGCUGCCGGACAACCCGGAGAAGGCGGAGCGCGUCGUCGACGGCAUGAAGGCGGAGCUCAGCAGCAUCUUCUGGUGGUGGGAGUACUACCUGUUCUCCCAGCAUGCACGGGUGAGCAAGAUCAUGGGAGCAGCAGCUGCUGCUGCUGCUGAUGAUGAAGGCCAGCAUCGUCAGAUGAACGGCGGGGUUGUGAGGAAUGGCGCGAGGCUAGGGGGUUUGCUAGUGGAAGUAGCUCAAAAUCAUGGCCCGGAAGCGGUGUGGAAGGCGGUGGCGGAGGUGUGGACGGAGCUCAUCGUCUUCGUGGCGCCGUCGGGCGAGGAGGAGCGCGUCAAGGGGCACGGGGACGUCCUGGUGCAGGGAGGCGAGUUCAUCACCGUGCUCUGGGCGCUGGCCACGCACAUCGGCGUGUCUCGCGAGGCCAACAGAUCGAUGAGGACUUUGGAGGACCUGAUGGGUGAUUCCAUGCGGGCGCCCCCGGUCGACGCCGUGGAGAUAACCAUGAUGUAGUGGUUUAUUUUGCUUUAAUUUUGCCUGCAGUGUGUGUAGUGUUUGUUAAUUAUUAUGUAUGCAAGCAUGCAUGCUUGUUUGAUUGAGUUCGGCAGCAACUUGUUGCAGACAUGUGUAUAUAUGUUGUAGAAUAUGCAGGGCGUUUAAAAGUGUUUUAAUUAUAUGUAUCAA